AUGACAACCACCUUUAACGACUCGUUGAAGGGACAGAACAGCAAUGUAAAUAACGGCAGUGGCGCCUUGCAGGAAGAUCGCCAACAGAACGAGGCGGCGCGCAUCCGCCACGAGAAGCGCCACGGCGAAGCGGAGCAGGAGACGCCGACCAGCGACGGCACCGGCAUGGAGUCCGCCGCGGCUGCCGUCACCCCGUUUGUCCAGCCGAAGCGCGGCGAGGCUUCCGAAGACGUCCUCCACCGCAUUGCGGCCGAGGCCGCCGCCUCUGAGGGCCAGCGCCAGAACCAUGCUGGCUCGAUGAUGCGCAAGCACAGUGGCGACACCGGCGGUAUGGACGUCGACACGACGCCGAAAGAGCAAUGCGCACACGACUUUACUUCGGCCACGGUCUCCUCCUCGCAAAACUCGCGGGGCAUUCCCACCGAGGAUCGGCCGCGCGUCAAUAUGCCUGCGUGGAUGCACUACGAGGCAUUCCCUCCUGUCUCCUCUGCCAAUAUACCCGCACACCUUGCAGAGAAUGGCCAGGGGCUCAGCAAUGUCGAGCAAGUCCUUCAGCGUGUGCCGGAGCGUCCCAUGAUGCCCCGGCUGCCCAGCCCGUGGGACUCGUCCCAAGCACUUGCGCCGUCGCACAAGGAUGCCAUGGCCGAGGACAAAGAUACGCCGACGACCACCAGCAACGAGGUGCCGGUAUCCACCUCGACCGCAUCGGCGCCGGUGACGUCUUCCGAGUCGAGCGCGAUGCCCGCGGCGCCGAGUGUGCACGAUCUGCGCAAUACCGGCCACCGCAAGUCGCCGCCGUCCUUUGAGCAGUACCGCAGGAGACAGUCGUGGAACACGGUCGGCUCCAAUGCCUGGGAGCAGACGCUUGGCGACGUGCACUCGGUCCUGCCCAUUUUCUCCGAGCCCUCGGCGAACGUCGAGGCGGCGAAGGACAACAAAGACGUUGCACAUGACGGCGAAGAUGCAGUGAGCGCGGCGCCCAAGACAAAGGAGGCCUCGACCUCGCUGGGUAUCUCGGAGAAUGUCGAGAUGCCGGGCCUGAUUCCGGGUGACCAGAUCCCGGUCGGCUCGUGGGGUACCGCCUCGCCAGAAGACGAGACCAAGUUUGAGCCACGCUACUGCACGAUUGCCGAUGACGAAUACGCGGUGCUUGCUUCGGCUGCCGCGUACGCCACCGCUGCGAUGACCUACCAAUCGGUCCCGGGUGGCGACAAGGAAGACUGGGAGCCCCUCGACCGCGAGCAGCAAGAGGAAGUCGCCUCGCGGCUCCGUGCUUGGGCCGGCCUCGAUGGUCCCAAGCGCCAAGUCGAGGCGCGUCGUGUCCUGCAGCAGACCAAUGACAAGUACCGCGUCAAGAUGUCGAACGAGGGCGAGGAGUCGCGCAGCGACGGCGAAGUGUUCCCUCCCAACAUUGCGAGCCACUACCAGACGCAGCUCCACUCGCUCACGGACAACUAUCAUGCGCGCAUGCAGAAGGAAAAGUCGCAGAACCGCGCUACGCCGUUCGUGACUUCGGUCGACAUGCCCGACAUGCAAGCGCACAACCGCCAGCUUGUCCAGGAUGAGCAGCAGCUGCAGGCGCACUUUAGCAACACCACGCAUCCCGAGGAACAGCAGUCGAGGAGCGCGCCGGUCUUUGCCAUGCCCACGACGAACGCAGCGCCGAUGUCGACGCCUGCAGUGACGACGGCGAUUGCCGGGCCGCCUGCGACCGAACCGGUGAGCGCGCCAGACGAGACGAUGCCACUUGUCUCGUCCGACCUGCCUAUGCGCCGCUCUCACGAGGAGCCCAUGCCGAUGGAGGGCGGCAAGAAGGCGCGCCGGUCCUACAGCGAGACGUCGCCGUCCAAGAGCAACCUGGACGUGCCGACGACCGCUUCGGGCGCGACGUCUGCAUCGACACCGGCCAUCUCCACGCCGGCUUAUACCGACAGCGAGACGCGGUCGAUGGCUUUUCCUUCGCAGGGCCCGCCGCAGGUCCCGAUUUCGGGCUGGAGCUCGGAGCUCGAGGCGCCUGUCUCGCCGCUUAUGGCGGACACGGGUGCCGAGGACCCGAUCCACCUCUUGUCUGCGUCCGCGUACGCCUCGGGUCUCGAUAUCAAGUCGCCGCAGGUGCGCGACGAACUGCUGCAAUAUGCGCACCACCUCUACUCCACCAGCGUCGCGGUCGGAGAGAAGAGCGAGCUGGAAAAGACGGACCUCGUGCACCAAAAGGCGCCGCGCCGCUCGACGCGCGGUGGCACGAAGCUGCACCCCACGCUGCUGCCGCUGUUGCAUGCGCUGCACAAGCUGCACCCCGAGCACCUGCCGACGCUCCUGCUGCUUUCGUGCACGUACUAUACGUCAGGCAACCUCGCGGGCUCGUUGUGGUACAACAACCUGAUUUUGCGUAUCGACUCGAACUACGUCGAGGCGAUGUCGAACAUCGGUACUGCCCUCCGUGCGCUUGGCUACUGGAAAGAGGCCGAGAGCUGGUGGUGGCGUGCACUGCAGCUCCUGCCGGGCUAUUGGGACGCAUUUGAGAAUUUGCUCGGUGUGCUCUGCUCGCCGGCGGCUGCGGGUGCCGACUCGGAGAGCCGUCCGCCGCAGUUUGAGACGGCGCUGCGCCUGUGUGACUUUGUCGAGGCGCACAUUAUCCCUGUGCGCAGCAAGAUCAUGCUGAACGAGCCGAAGGACGAUCCUCGCUUCCGUGUGCAGCGUGAGUACAGCGCUGGCACCAUGGAAUCGCAGCUGCUUCCCCAGCAGCUGCCGAUUACGCAGCUGCCGCGUGUGCAGAACCUGUUCUACGCCAAGGGUAACCUCAAGUACGUCAUCGAGGGACACGGCGUUGCGUCGGCCGCUGAGGAGUACCAGCGCGCGGUCGAGGUUAUCGUCUCGGUACCUGGCCACCCGGGCUACUCGGUGCGCGACGUGAUCAUCGCGAUCUGUGUGGUGGCCAUCCUGUCGUUUGGCGCCGUGGUCCCUGGCCACGAUGCGCUGUCGACCGCUGCCGAGGUCGGUGCCGCGUUUGGCAUCGACAUCUCGAACCCCGCGUACUCUGCGGUGGUGACCCAGGGCCAGUACACGCGCCUGCACCCCGAGGGUGUGCUCGGCCUUGUGCGCGAGGCCGGCGAUGCGGCGGUCGCGACGAUGCUGCGCAUCGGCGGCAACCAGCUGCCUGUCGUCUUCCUGCUGCCCGACCAGGUCGUGCUUCUGCACCGUAUCCUCUUUGCGCCUACGAACGGCAUCUUGCCGGUCUUUAGCCCCCAUGCGGGCAAGGCGCCGAUUCCCCCGGGCUCGCCGCUGGAGGCCGUCUAUCGCCAGUCGUCCCAGAUUGGCUCGACGAUCCUGCUGGCCCUCGCGAAGCUCUUCCAGGAUGCGGCGACGAACGCGGCCGACUCGGGCUCGAAGCGUCUUACGCUGCGCGGUAUUCCCCCCUCGAUCUCGCUGCUGCUUCCCUUCUACUACCUGUCUCUGAGCAUGAACCCCAGUGCGUCGACGUUCAACAACUUGGGUAUUCUGCUCUCGUCGCUGCCUAUCGCCACGACGACCGUCGGCCUGAGCGGCGAGCGCGUUCAACUUACCGGCCAGCUGCUCGCUGUGCGCUACUACGCGCACGGUCUGCAGCUUGACCCGACGCACUCGCACUUGUUCACCAAUUUGGGUUCGCUCUUCAAGGACAUGGGCCGCCUGAACGAGGCGAUCAAGAUGUACGAGAAGGCAAUUGAGUUCAACCCUACGUUUGACGUGGCGCUGGCCAACUUGGGUAACGCCAUCAAGGACCAGGGCCGGACGCAGGACUCGAUCGAGUACUACCGCCGCUCGGUGCAAGCGAACCCCAACUUCCCUGAAGCGCUCUGUGGUCUCGUUAAUGCGCUGCUCGCGGUUUGCGACUGGGGCGAAGUGUACCCCGAGUCUCCGAAGGAGGCCGGCUGGAUGCGCGACGUGACCAACAUCGUCGCUCGCCAGCUUGAUGCGGGCACUGCCUACGGCCGCGGCGCGUUCCACGCGCAGGGCUCGAUCGAGCAGUGGGUCGACAAGAUCAUGCGGUGCCUCGGCGAUCGCCGUCCUGAGACGCGCGACCGCUGGAUGGAGAAACUGCUGCCCUUCUACGACCCGUCGAAGCACACGCCUACGAUGAACGAGGGCGGUUUCAUGCUACGUAUCAUUGAGCGUCUCAUGCGCCGCACGCAGCACCGCUGGUACCACGACCUGUACACGCGCGAGUGCACGAACGAGAACGAGAGCGGCACGGUGAACAACGACGCGUACGGCCGCAUUCUGCUGCCGACGUGCCUGCCGAUCCCGAGUAUCCCGACGGUGCUUCCGUUCCACACUUUCACCUACCCCCUGUCACCGCGGCAGGUCCGCCUGAUUUCCCACCGCAACGCGCUGCGUACUUCACACAGUACGCUCUCACAGAUGUGGCUGCCGAAGCAUGUCUAUCCCCCCCCGCCGCCGCCUGGUGGCAAGCUGAACAUCGGCUAUGUGUCGUCGGACUUUAACAACCACCCCCUUGCACACUUGAUGCAGUCGGUGUUUGGUUUCCACGACCUGUCGCGCUUCAACAUCUUCUGUUACGCGACAACCGCGUCGGACGACACGCCCUACCGCAAGAAGAUCGAGAAGGAGUCGCAGCACUUCCUUGACGUCUCUUCGUGGUCCUCGGAGAAGAUCAUCCAGCAGAUCCAGCACGACAAGGUGCACAUCCUCGUGAACCUGAACGGUUACACGAAGGGCGCGCGCAACGACAUCUUUGCGCCGCGCCCGUGCCCGGUGCAGAUGCAGUUUAUGGGCUUUGCGGGCGGCAUGGCAUCGGGCUGGACCGACUGGCUCGUCGUCGACCCGAUCGUCUGCCCCCCGCCGAUGACCGCCGGCACGCGCUGGCGCGAGGGCCCUAGCAAUGCCCACCACGACGGCUUCCUCGAGAAGUCGACGGACCUCGCCGCGGACCUCGACCCCGAGGACCCCCGCGAGGACUGGGUGUACACGGAGCGCUUCAUCUACAUGCCCCAUUCCUACUUUGUCAACGACCAUGCGCAAGGCUUCCGCGACCCCGCAGAAGAGACGCGCAUCCAGUCGGUCGAAGAGGAGAAGGGCGAGCUGAGCAAGGAGCAGAAGGAGCAAGACGUCCCGGUGCAGAACCAGCUGCCCGACAAGCAGGUGUGGGAGCGCGAAGAGCUGCGCCGCUGGCGCAUGCGCAAGGAAGUGUUCCCCGACCUGCCGGACGACUAUGUGAUCUUUGCCGACUUCAACCAGCUGUACAAGACGGACCCUGUGCUGUUCAAGGCCUGGCUCCUGAUUCUGAAGCGUGUUCCCAAGUCGAUUUUGUGGCUGCUGCGUUUCCCGGCCUCGGGCCAGGCGCACCUGCACAAGUUCGCCACCGAGUGGGCCGGCCCCGAUGUGGCGAAGCGUGUCAUCUUCACGGAUGUCGCGCCGAAGCACAUCCAUAUCUACCGUGGCCGCAUUGCGGAUCUCUUCCUCGACACCAACGAGUGUAACGCGCACACGACGGCCGCCGACAUCCUCUGGUCCGGCACGCCGAUGCUCACCUGGCCCAAGCACGUCCACAAGAUGUGCUCGCGCGUCGCGGCGAGUAUUCUGCGUGCGGCCGGCAUCGACGACCGCCUUGUGGUGCACUCGGAGAAGGAGUAUGUCGAUCGCGUCGUGGAGCUCGCCAACUCGAUUCAUUACGAGUACGUCGAGCAAGCCGUGCACCGCGACGGCUCCUACGAGCUCAAGCCGAUCAAUCACACCACCAAGGACGUGUCGCCCAGCGAGCUCACGCCGGACAUGCUCACGGUGAACUGCACCGAAGACGCUGUCAAGGGCGCGAUGCGUGUGCCGGAAGGCCGCGCCAUCUUCCGCCGCGGCUCCGGCGAGCUGAUGGACUUGCGCCGCCGCCUCUUCCUCUCGCGCGACAAGUGCCCUCUCUUCAACACUCGGGGAUGGACACGUGCGCUGGAGGCAGGCUAUCACGAGGCGUGGCGCCGCUGGGAGGCGGGCACCGACACCGAAGACACUCCUGAGUGGGAGGCGCUUCCGCCGACCGCUCCGGAGAAGCUCAGCGGUCACAUCUGGCUCGGAGACUAUUAG